CCAACCACACAGGAAACUGUUUCUCGUUUCUUCCUUUCUACGUUUCUCUCUCUGUUUUCUUCUCAGAAAUAUAAUUCCAGAGAGGGGCACCAAGAACCUUCAGAACGACGACGCAGAAAACUAUGUCUUACGAUUAUCUCUUCAAGUACAUAAUCAUCGGUGACACUGGUGUAGGAAAAUCAUGUCUGCUUUUGCAGUUUACCGACAAGAGAUUCCAACCGGUUCAUGAUCUAACCAUCGGUGUUGAAUUCGGUGCUCGGAUGGUUACCAUUGAUGGCAGACCCGUCAAGCUUCAGAUUUGGGAUACUGCUGGGCAAGAAUCCUUCAGGUCGAUCACCCGAUCUUACUAUAGAGGAGCAGCAGGAGCUCUUCUGGUCUAUGAUAUAACCAGGAGAGAGACAUUUAAUCAUCUAGCAAGUUGGUUGGAGGAUGCACGGCAGCAUGCAAAUCCAAACAUGACAAUCAUGCUCGUUGGGAACAAAAGUGAUCUUUCUCACAGGAGGGCUGUUAGCAAAGAAGAGGGUGAACAGUUUGCAAAGGAGAAUGGGCUUUUGUUCUUGGAAGCAUCUGCUAGAACAGCUCAAAAUGUUGAGGAGGCCUUCAUAAAGACUGCUGCUAAGAUCCUUCAGAACAUUCAGGAUGGAGUCUUCGAUGCAUCCAAUGAGUCAUCGGGUAUAAAGAUCGGCUACGGACGUGCCCAAGGUCCAUCUGGUGCAAGAGAUGGAGCGGUCGCUCAGAGCAGUGGCUGUUGUGGUUGACAUAAAAGGAAACGAUCAUGUGUUGUAAACCUGUGUUGUAUUUUGAUCAUUGUGUCCAAUUUACUUGUUUCUUCACAAUCACAUUGCUUCCAAUAUAUAUCAUUGGUAAGGAAAGCGAAUGUAUAAAUUAAUCUUUUUCUUUUAGUUCAUAUAAAUCUUCUUAUCAUUUGUACUGUAUAACACGUAUGUUUGACGUGUCCCAAGAAUGCUAAUGGCUAUGAAAACUCACUUCAUUCA